AUGUAUUUGUCGCGUUAUAUUUUACUGUACCAGGUGUUGGGUCUGGUGGGGUAUGCUCACGCCGCAGACCUCCCGCCGAACUGCAAGAGGAAAGUCUACUGCGAUAGCAACCUUCUUCACCAUGUCCAAAUGGCAAGAAUCUUUAGCGACUCUAAAACUUUCGUCGAUCUCGUCAUGAAACACGAUGAAGCAAAAACGUUAGGCGACUUUGACAAUCUGCUUAAAGAAACAGACCAAAAUCCGACGAGAAAACAGCUAAAAACUUUCGUUGACCAAUACUUUUCGGAAAAAGGUGAACUUGAAGAAUGGGAGCCAACGGAUAUCAGUGACAAUCCGGAGUUUCUUAAUUUAAUACGUGACAAAGAUUUAAGAGAUUUCGGAAAAGGCAUUAAUGAUAUUUGGCCACUGCUGGCGAGAAAGGUCAAGCCAGAGGUUCGCAAAAAGCCUGAUCAGUUUAGUUUAGUCCCUGUCACCCACGGAUUUAUAAUACCUGGAGGACGUUUCAAGGAGAUAUAUUAUUGGGACACUUAUUGGAUUAUCGAAGGUCUCCUUAUAAGCGGUAUGCAAGAUACUGCUAAAGGCAUGAUUGAAAAUCUCAUAGAGCUUCUAGUUAAAUUUGGUCACAUUCCUAACGGGAGCCGAUGGUAUUAUCAGGAGCGGAGUCAACCACCCAUGUUAACUGAUAUGGUGGCUCUUUACUAUAAAUACACCCAAGAUCUUGAAUUUCUAAGGAACAAUAUAGCAUCUUUAGAAAAUGAAACAUCCUACUGGUUAGAUACACAAACUGUGGCUUUUGAGAAAGAUGGCAAACACUGCACUCUUCUAAGGUAUUACGUUCCUAGUGCAGGACCUCGACCAGAAUCAUACUUUGAAGAUUAUAAUAUUUCUCUUCCUAUGAGCGAGAAAAACCGUUCAGAGUUUUAUAUUGACAUGAAGAGUGCUGCUGAGAGCGGGUGGGACUUUUCAUCGAGAUGGUUCGUCGCCGCGGACGGAAGCAACAACGGCGUCUUAUCUGACAUUCACACUAGGUACAUUAUUCCUGUGGAUUUAAACAGUAUCUUUGCCGGUGCUCUUAAAAACAUAGCCCACUUUCAUUCUUUAUUAAAUAAUGAUCGCAAAGCUUACCACUAUGAAGUGAAGUUUAAGGAAUGGAUGGAUACCAUUCAGAAGGUCCUUUGGAACGAUGAGGAUGGAAUUUGGUAUGAUUAUAACUUCAAACACAACGCUCACCGUAAAUAUUUCUAUACAUCGAACGUGGCGCCGCUGUGGCAGGGGGUUGUCGCAAUCGACCUAGUGAAGAUACAGGGGCCAAAGGUUGUGGAUUACCUCAAAAAGUCUGGUAGUCUGGGCUUCCCGGGUGGAGUGCCUACCUCACUAAUUGAGUCUGGAGAGCAAUGGGAUUAUCCUAACGUGUGGCCACCAGAAGUUAGCAUCGUCGUAAAUGCUUUAGAAAACAUUGGUACCAAAGAGGCGAGUAAGUUGGCUUUCGAAGUAGCUCAAAAAUUCGUCCGAUCUUGUCACUCUGGCUUCCUCCAGUACAAGCAGAUGUUUGAAAAAUAUGAUACAGAGAAGCCUGGACAGUUCGGCGGUGGAGGCGAGUACAACGUGCAGUUCGGAUUCGGGUGGAGUAAUGGUGUGGUUCUAGAAUUCUUGAAAAAGUAUGGUAGCAAGUUAACUGCACAUGACCCAUCAGAAUUGGAUUCACCUGAUGAAUCUGAGAGUGACUAUACCCGAGUCACGAAGCCUGAAGAUAAUAUCAACACGCCUCUUUCUGGAAAAUGCUGUAGUCCUAAACAAAGCGAUGAUGCUAAUCCAAAGGAAGCUAUCAACACCAACGUCGAUGUUUUAAGUUCACCAGAUGUCUCUAACUUUAAAUCGGAUCAGAUCGAAACUGUAUCGGAUGAUGUUUACCAAAUUCCUGAAGAAAGGAGUUCUGCUGAAGAAUGUGUGACUGAGUACCAAAAAGAUUAUGGAGAUAUGGAAGAAGGUCGAAAACGUCGUCACAAUGCUGAUCCUAAAUCUUGGAAAAGGAAUAAGGCUCGUUUGAAGCGAAUGCGAGGUGAAGAGUAUCUUGGCUAUUCUAAACCAAAAGACAGGAAGUUCCAACAAGAUACUUUAAGACAAGCAAGACGGUUAGGACCAACUUGCGUCUCCAAUUUUUGUAAGAAGAGUAAGACAAUGGUCAAAAUUAGUUUGUCGCGGUAUAUACCGCUGUACCCGGUGCUGGGUCUGCUAGGGUGCGCGCAGGCAAUCAACAUCGUCCCCGUUUGCAAUUCCUCCAUUUACUGCACCGGUGAACUACUUCGAACCGUUCAACUUGCCAGAAUAUUUCCUGACUCGAAGACAUUUGUCGAUUUAAGACUCGCCCGCACCGAAAAUGAAACUGUGUCCAAUUUCACGAAUCUUAUGAGACAAACAAAUAAUAAACCAUCUCGGGAUCAACUUAGAAAAUUCGUAGAUGAUAAUUUUAUUGAUGGAGAUGAGCUUGUCGCUUGGAAUCCGCCGGAUUUCGACCCAAACCCACCAAUUUUAGAACAGAUUACGGAUCCUAAAUUGAAAGAGUUCGCAAAAGAUAUCAUCGAUAUUUGGCCGGGGCUAGGUCGAAAGGUCUCGCCGGAUGUGGAUCGCCACUCUGAACAAUACAGCUUUAUCUACGUGCCAAAUGGGUUUAUCGUUCCAGGAGGAAGGUUUAAAGAGAUGUACUACUGGGACACAUACUGGAUAGUUCGUGGUCUCUUGAUUAGUAAUAUGAUGCAAACAGCAAAAGGUGUCAUUGAAAAUUUCUUGCAUCUCGUGGAUAAAUUAGGGUAUGUUCCUAAUGGAAGCAGAAUUUACUACUUGGGGAGAAGUCAACCACCACUAUUGACCGCUAUGGUGAAAGACUAUUUUACCGCGACUAGAGACGUCACUUGGCUAAAAGCAAAUAUUGAUAUAGUAGAGAGGGAACUUCAAUACUGGCUAGCUAAGAAGAGAAUAACCGUUACAAUAAAUAGCAAGCAGUACAUGCUGUUACGUUAUAAGGCGGAUAAAGAUGACAAAGGCCCGCGACCGGAAUCUUAUUACGAGGAUUGUGCUACCAGUAGCGUACUACCUGAAGACAAGCGCGACGACUUCUACAUGGAGAUGAAAAGUGCAGCGGAGAGCGGCUGGGACUUCUCGUCGAGGUGGUUCGUAACCCCAGACAAUCUGACUUCGGCCAACUUAUCCGACGUACACGUUACGCGAAUAAUACCAGUUGACCUAAAUUCGAUGUUUGCUGGAGCCCUACAAAUUAUGGGCGAUCUGAGGUACCAACUUAAAGACAGGCGCAGCGCACAGAAAUGGUGGAGUUUAGCUAAGUACUGGAGGAUAGCAAUAGACCAUGUGCUGUGGAAUCAGAAAGACGGCGUUUGGUAUGACUAUGAUAUGGUAGCGAAAUCACCGCGGAAACACUUUUAUCCGAGCUGUGUAACCCCGCUAUGGGCUGGUGCGGUAGAACGUACAAGCGCUCCUGUAUACGCUGCUCAUUUGGUAAAGUACUUACUCUCAAGUAAUGCUCUUAAUUUCCCCGGCGGUAUUCCUACUUCCUUGUGGCACACAGGUGAGCAAUGGGAUUUCCCGAACGCAUGGCCGCCCCUUCAGAGUAUUAUGAUUGGAGGUUUAGAGAGGAGUGGCAAUGAAGAAGCACAAAAAUUAGCAAGAGAACAAGUCGCGGUGUGGAUUCGAGCGAAUUACAUAGGCUAUACGAAAUGGAAGAAGAUGUUUGAGAAAUACAGUGCUCUGCAGCCAGGAGAGCAUGGGAGCGGCGGAGAGUAUAUAGUCCAGUCCGGCUUCGGGUGGACUAACGGGAUCGUUUUGGAACUGCUCCAGAGGUACGGCAAGGUGUUGACUUUAGACGAGAAAGGCGAGGACGGGCUACCUUCCGUGCGAAUGACGUAGCUAAUAUGUACUGACAAAUCAAAUUUUAGUUUUAUUUGUACUUAAUAUUGAGUGUUGAACAUUCUUGUUGUUAUUAAUAUUAUACUUACAUAUACCACAUAUCCCAUGUGCUUAUUAACAUUCCGCUCGACGUACAAUAGUAAAAUGACACUGAAUCGUGUUUGUGAAACAAGAAACUUAUUUUACUUGGACUUGGAAACGUUUACAGUACUGUUUUAUAUACUUUUACAAUGUUUGUGUAUAUCCUUGUGUACUGAGGUAUCAUGUAAAGUCAAAUCAAUUGAAUCUCGCUUUUAAUUGCAUGUAUGUAGUUAGAAAAUAAAUUGAAUGCUUUUGAUAGAUAAACGCGAAUUUAUUUGUUAUUAUUUUUAAUCUGUUUGUAUCACGUAUGUUACGUAUUUUAUUUGAUAAAGCAAAAAACGCGUUGCUAAUGAGGGAAUUCUACACAAUACGGAAAAUUUUCCUCAUAAUUAACUGAAUGUUUAUUUAUAGAAAGACAAAAUGUAAACAAAUAUGUACAUAAUUGAAACGAAGUUGACUAAAUUAAAUGU